GCCGCGUCCUGCAAGCUGGAUCGCCAUGGAGCUGGAGAACAUCGUGGCCAACACGGUCCUCCUGAAAGCCCGGGAAGGAGGUGGAGGAAAGCGGAAAGGGAGGAGCAAGAAAUGGAGAGAGAUCCUCAAGUUCCCGCACAUCAGCCAGUGCGAUGAUCUUCGGAAAAGCCUGGAACGAGACUACAGCAGCCUGUGUGGCAAGCAACCCAUCGGCAGGCUGCUUUUCCGCCAGUUCUGCGAGACUCGGGUGGAACUCCUCCGGUGCAUCCACUUCCUCGAUGUUGUGACAGAGUAUGAGCUUUCCCCAGACGAGAAGCGCAGGGAAAUGGGAGAAGAGAUCAUCUGCAGGUUCUUCAAUAGUGAGUCCCAGGACUAUAUGGCCGAGAUCAGCCAAACCCUUAUGAACGAGUGCAAGGAGAACCUGCAGAGAAGUUCCUGCAAAGAUCUCUUCAGCAACUGCAUGCAACGCCUGCACGAGUACCUGAGUGGAGCCCCUUUCACGAAUUACCAGGACAGCAUGUACUUCGACAGGUUCCUCCAGUGGAAAUACCUGGAGAGACAAUCGGUGACCAAAGACACCUUCAGGCAAUACCGAAUUCUUGGGAAAGGUGGCUUCGGAGAGGUUUGUGCAUGCCAGGUGCGAGCUACAGGGAAGAUGUACGCUUGCAAGAAACUGGAGAAGAAGCGCAUCAAGAAGCGGAAAGGGGAGGCCAUGGCUCUGAAUGAGAAGCUGAUCCUAGAAAAGGUCAACAGCCGGUUUGUGGUUAACUUGGCCUAUGCCUACGAGACCAAGGAUGCCCUCUGCCUGGUCCUCACCAUCAUGAACGGGGGAGACUUGAAGUUCCAUAUCUACAACAUGGGCAACUCCGGCUUCGACAAUGAACGGGUCACCUUCUACGGUGCAGAGAUUUGCUGUGGCCUUGAGCAUUUGCACAGGGAGGGCAUUGUGUACAGGGACUUGAAGCCGGAGAACAUUCUUCUUGAUGACGAUGGUCAUAUCCGGAUCUCGGACCUGGGGCUGGCCAUCAAGAUCCCAGAGGGCGAGACCAUCCGUGGCCGCGUAGGAACCGUUGGCUACAUGGCUCCCGAGGUGAUUAACAACGAGCGCUACUCCUUCAGUCCGGAUUGGUGGGGGCUGGGCUGCCUCAUCUACGAGAUGAUCGAGGGACAGUCGCCCUUCCGCGCCCGCAAGGAGCGGGUGAAGCGGGAGGAGGUGGAGAAGCGGGUGCAAGAGGAGCAGGAGCAGUACUCAGAUAAAUUCUCAGAAGACGCCAAGGCCAUCUGCAAGGCGCUCCUGACCAAAGAUCCCAAGCACCGGCUCGGGUGCAAGGCAGACGGAGCAGUCCAAGUGAAGUUGCACCCGUUCUUCAAGACCAUCAACUUCAAGCGGCUGGAAGCAGGGAUCAUGAAACCCUCGUUCGUGCCAGAUCCCCGGGCCGUGUACUGCAAAGACGUGUUGGACAUUGAGCAAUUCUCCACGGUGAAGGGGGUCAACUUGGACCAAACGGACAACGACUUCUAUGCCAAAUUCACCAUAGGCAGCGUCCCCAUCCCCUGGCAGAACGAGAUGAUCGAAACUGAAUGCUUUAAAGAUCUAAAUGUCUUUGGACCAAAUGGCACCCGAUCCCCAGAUCUGGACUGGAAACAGCUCCCCGAUCCUCCCAAACGUAGCCUGCUGCAGCGGCUCUUCCGGCGAAAUCCGAGUGACUUCACCAUCAGCACCAACGCACACACCAACCUGUCAGCGGCUCCUUCACCAGGCCGGCCCACGGCACAGGCUCCUUCCUGACCCUUGACAUGGAGGCCCCGUGGAGCUGUGGCCUUUCUGUUGCCUUCUCAGGGUUGCCUUAGGCA